AUGUUUCUCCUUUUCGUUGUCGCCCUUUUCCUAUUGGUGCCAGUUACAGGGUUUUAUUAUAAUCCUACUCUUUACGGUUGGUUUCUGUGUCUACAUGAAAACAUUCAUUAUUAAUCUGAUCUGAUUAUAGUGCCAAAGUAUCGAGAGUAUUUGGAAGCUCAGACCAAUCUGACAAAUGAUCUUUUUGUGAAUUAUGAUCCAACAAUCUCACCAAUUUACACUUGGGGUCAGGAACUAACUAAAUAGCUGUAAAAAAUAAUUGCAUGACACUUUCAGUAGAUUCAAAAAAGCCUCUCGGGUGGGACCCGGAAGCUCCGAACCGGUGGAACUACACACUUUUUCUAUACUACCUAAAAUUGGUUGAAGUGCAAGAGCCGGAAGAAAAAGUUGGAGUGGUUUUGGAGUUGAUGGAGGUGCAUUUAAAGAUGAAUGUAGAACGCAAAUAACAUAUUUAGUACUGGUAUGACGCACGUCUUUCUUGGAAUGCCUCUUUGUACCACAAUAUCAGUGCAUUCUAUGUCAGACAAGACCGAGUGUGGAGUCCAACUUUGUCAGCGUUUGGAGUGUACGUUCUAGAAAACGUUUUGUCCGAAAAUAAACAAUAUUUCAGAAAUGAUAUUGUGGAUUUCCGGGACCAAGACUUCCGUUUCGUUUGCGCCGGCAACCUCGGUCUAAUUUAUGAUUACUUAUCAGUACGUGUUUCUGCUAAUUGUCCGAUGGAUGUCUCCAGAUUUCCCUUCGACUCACAAGUUUGUCAAAUCCGUUUCACGCUCCCAAUAUUCAGUAGAGUAGAAGUUGAGAUUUUCAAUGAAAUAUAUAUAGGCAUUUUGGACGCGAAAACUCAGUUUCCUUCCAUGGUAGGUUAAGCGUUUCAAGUAUUUGCUUCCCAAUUUCCAAUGUUUUCAGGGAAAUUCUGAGUGGAACUUGAUAAAUCUCACAAAUCGGGUGGAAACAUUGAAGUAUAAUGAUGAUUUCGGAAAUAUGGAUUUGGUAUUGUCACUGUAUGUUUUGAACCAAAAACUUUAAGGUUUUCAGGCCAUAUUCGAGAUCAAAAUCAGACGAAAUCCACUCUAUUACAUCUACAUGAUCGUCUUCCCUUCUUUUAUAAUCAACUUUGUGUCAAUUGUUGGAGUAUUCAUUAAAGGCGCCGAUAAAAUGUCCAGAGUAUGAACAUGCAGCGAAAAAGGAAAUGUGGGUCGUUUUUCUAACAUUUCAGCUGAACGUCGGUCUUACUAACAUCAUGACCAUGACUUUUAUCCUCGGAGUAAUGGCUGACAAGAUACCAAGAACUGGGAGCAUUCCAUUGCUUGGAAUCUACAUCAUUGCAAACCUGGUAAUCAUGCUUAUUGCUAUUGCGAUCGUCACUUUCAUCACGGAACUGCGUAGGUGGGCGACUCCUCGUUUGAAACUCAAAAAGUCUCAAUUCAGGUUUGAUCUUUUUCACGGGUUACACAGGCUAAAAAUCAUUUCAGCCGGCAUCUGGAAACAUUCCUCGGUCCUCCGCUCGAAUACACCUGCGCAAUUCUGUUAGAACUCAUGACUAGCGUCAAUUUCCUCACAAUGAUCGGUUUUUGGAUUGAUGACGAAUAA